CGUUGGCUUUCGCGGAGGCAGCAGCCAUCGCCGCCAGGGACCAGCGUCGAGCGAUCUGCGCUGCUUGAUCUCCGCUUCGUCCUUCGGGGGGGCGGGGGGGGCGGCGAUGCGAUCGCCUGGCCAGGCUCUGGACGCCGCCGCGGCCCCCCGGAGGAAGCCUCGAUCCCGGCAGGCUGAAGAGCAGCUGCUGCUACUGCUGCUGCAGCCGCGUCUUCCCUCGCCGCCGGGAAACCCCUCCAGUUGCCGCUGCUCAGCCUGGGGUUGGUCCUCAUGAGCAUCCGUUCUAAUGCAGCCCAUGGUCAUGCAGGGAUGCUCAUUCACCCUCCCCAGAUGUCGUGAAUGGCACAACGCCGGGGCGUCCCGUCGCAACAGCACCUCCUACCCUCAGUCUCAGGUUAAAACAGCUCGUGAUGGCACCAUACCAGCCAGCCUGAACAAGAAGCCUCCAAACGGUGCUGUUGGGCCCCAGAUGACCCUGGAAAUGAAUCUAUGCUGGAAUGAGAUUAAGAAGAAGUCACACAGCCUCCGGGCUCGCCUAGAGGCCUUCUCAGAUCACAGUGGCAAGCUGCAGAUUCCUUUGCAGGAGAUCAUUGACUGGCUUAGCCAAAAAGAUGAGGAAAUUUCUGCCCAGCUACCGCUCCGUGGGGACGUUCUCCUGGUCCAGCAGGAGAAAGAGAGGCAUACGGCCUUCAUGGAAGAAGUGAAGUCUCGGGGACCAUACAUUUAUUCCGUUUUGGAAUCAGCUCAAGUUUUCCUUACUCAGCACCCAUUUGAAGAAGUGGAAGAUGUAAAUCUUGACAGCAAAGAUGUCUCCCCAAGACACCGGAUCCAGAAUAUCAGCCGUUUUGUGUGGAAACAGGCGACGGUGGCCAGCGAACUGUGGGAGAAGCUAACCGCCCGCUGUGUCGACCAGCACCGCCACAUUGAGAGGACCCUAGAGCAGCUGCUGGAGAUCAAAGCGACCAUGGAAGAACUCAGCACCACCCUCAACCAAGCUGAAAGUGUGCAAGAGACAUGGGAACCCAUCGGAGACCUCUUCAUCGAUUCUUUGCCGGAGCACAUCCAGGCCACCAAGUUGUUCCAAGAGGAGCUCUCCCCCAUGAAGGACGGGGUGAAACUUGUCAAUGACCUUGCACACCAGCUGGCAAUCUCUGAUGUUCACCUGUCCAUGGAGAACUCCCGUGCUCUAGAACAGAUCAACACACGUUGGAAACAGCUACAGGUCUCCAUCAAUGACCGUCUGAAGCACCUUCAAGAUGCCCACCGGGAUUUUGGGCCAGGAUCUCAACACUUCCUCUCGACCUCAGUCCAGGUCCCCUGGGAACGAGCCAUUUCUCCCAAUAAAGUUCCUUAUUACAUCAACCACCAAGCCCAGACAACCUGUUGGGACCAUCCAAAGAUGACUGAAUUAUACCAAACGCUGGCCGACUUAAACAACAUCAAGUAUUCUGCUUACCGUACAGCCAUGAAGCUACGCCGGGUGCAGAAGGCUUUGAGAUUGGACAUGGUGACGCUGUCCACGGCCCUGGAGGUGUUUAAUGAACAUGAGCUCCAGCCCAGUGACCAUGUGAUGGACGUGGUGGAAGUGAUCCAUUGCUUGACCGCUCUGUAUGAGCGGCUCGAGGAGGAAAGAGGCAUUCUGGUCAACGUCCCUCUCUGCGUAGACAUGAGCUUGAAUUGGCUGCUGAACGUUUUUGACAGUGGGCGCAGCGGGAAGAUGAGGGCGCUCUCCUUCAAGACGGGCAUCGCGUGUCUCUGCGGCACGGAGGUGAAGGAGAAAUUCCAGUACCUCUUCAGCCAGGUGGCCAACUCCAGCGGGCUCUGCGACCAGAGGCAUCUGGGCAUCUUGCUCCACGAAGCCAUCCAAGUCCCACGGCAGCUGGGGGAAGUGGCGGCCUUCGGCGGGAGCAAUGUGGAGCCCAGUGUGCGCAGCUGUUUCCGCUUUGGAAAUGGCAAAGCAUCCAUUGAGGCAACUCAGUUCUUGGAAUGGGCAAACUUAGAGCCACAAUCAAUGGUGUGGCUGGCCGUCCUUCACCGAGUAGCCAUUGCUGAACAAGUAAAACACCAGACUAAGUGCUCCAUCUGCAGGCAAUGUCCCAUCAUAGGUUUCAGAUACCGCAGCCUCAAGCAGUUCAAUGUGGACAUCUGCCAGGCCUGUUUCUUGACGGGACGAGCCAGCAAAGGGAACAAGUUGCAUUACCCCAUCAUGGAAUAUUAUACGAUGACCACUUCCAGCGAGAACAUGAGGGAUUUUGCUACCACUUUGAAAAACAAAUUCCGUUCCAAGCAGUACUUCAGCAAACAUCCCCAGAGAGGGUACCUGCCGGUCCAAUCCGUGCUGGAAGCAGAUGUCAUUGAAACGCCAGCCUCUUCUCCGAUGUUACCACAUGCUGACACCCAUUCUCGGAUUGAGCAUUUUGCUAGCAGGCUGGCAGAGAUGGAAAGCCAGACCUCUUCUUUUUACAACGACAACCUUUCUCCGGAUGAUAGCUUGGAUGAAGAUCAAUAUCUUUUGCGCCAUUCCAGCCCUGUCACCGACGGAGAACCUAUCUCCAGCCAAGAGGCCCAGAAUGGCACCAGGACAGAUGAUAAAGGAGAACUGGAAAGAAUUUUGGCCCAUCUGGAGGACGAAAACAGGGUCCUUCAGGGAGAGCUGAGACGUCUGAAGUGGAAGCACGAAGAGGCAGCCGAGUCCGCCCAAGGAGCUCCUGAAACGGCCCAGGAUCCACCCAGUGAAGAGCUCUUGGCUGAAGCCCGCAUUCUUCGACAGCACAAGAGCCGCCUGGAGACCCGGAUGCAAAUCUUGGAGGACCACAACAAGCAGUUGGAAUCUCAGCUGCAGCGCCUGAGGGAGCUGCUCCUUCAGCCACCAGCCAAUUCUAAAGAAGAAAGCUCUGCCACUUCCACCGUGGCUUCUUCUCCUCACGCAUCAGAUGGGAGCCAGUCUAGGGAAAAAGAUGCCAGCACUCCAAACACAGAAAUGGCAGAUGAAGUAGACGCCAAGUCCCAAGAUGUCAGCUUGUGUCUAGAAGAUAUCAUGGAGAAAUUACGGAAUGCUUUCCCCAAUAACGGAGGACAAAGAUCUAAGCCCUUCGCCUUGUUGAAGAAGUCCCUCAAGUUCUCCUAGAGACUUAGAAUUGGCAGCUGCUGGUCCAACCUCCCUAAUCUAACACCUCCCGAGGGCUAGAGGCUUUAUCUAACCAGUUCUUGUCAACUGCUGUUCUCCUUUCUCUUCACUUCUGUCUUUCCCUCAUGUGGUGGCUUUUGCCCGCAUCCUCAAAGGAGAGUUAUUCAGGAUCUGUGCAAGACCUCUGCUUAAGAGACUUCAGGGGGACUUGCCGGAAGAGUGAUCUAGGAUCAGCGGCGCAAAGUCAAAACCUGGUGCCCAAAAGAGGACCUGGGUUCGAGGAACUGUGAAAGGGCCCGUGUGAAAGCGAGGGGGACAAAUCUUUCCCGGCAAAACAAAAUGCCAACCAAAAAAAACCCAGUGGUGUGUUCUCUUUUACGGUCUGUGAAUUGUUGCCAUUUGUGAGGUCAACUCUGGAGUUGUGGUGACCCAAUGAGGAUUUGGCUUAAGCCAAUGGCCAAGUAGUGGUUUAAGGUAGCAGAGCCUGAAGCUACUUUCGUAAGAACCGAUUGACAGAUGUUUCAAACCAAGAGACGAUAUCAAGAACACGAGAAGGAAAUUACGUUUCUUAACGAUUGGGGUAUUUGUGAAACGACUGCAUUGUUUCCAUGCCUAACACGCUCAGCGGAAACGAUGGAAGAACAGAAGAAAUCUCACAGAAUUCGAAGAGAAAGAACAGAUUUCGGAAAGGCAUAAUUUUAGCAGCAGCAACAGCAGCCUUAUGACCGAUAAGCUUUAUAACAAAAAAAGCCUUAUAGUUUUAUUUGUGUGUGUAUGCACACACACACACACACAUAAAUACAAUGUUGUCUAUAUUGUAUUUAAGUGCUGUUAUGGACUGCGUCAUACAUUAAAUUCUAAUUCCUGGUUGUAUGUUUAUUUUGGCUGGCCUCUUUCGAUCUAUUUCUGCUGCUGCUGAGUUUUGGUUUUGUGUUUUGUUUUGUUUUUAACAUAAUGGAAGAAAACUCUCCGCCACCUUCUGUUUGCUUUAGCAGAGUUUUCCAAAAAAAAAAGGCUAGAUUUGUCUGUUGGCACUGGAUUGAUCGCCGCUGGAAUGACUUUGGAGCAGGGAGGGUUUGGGUUGGGUGCCUGGUUUUCUUUCAUCCAUCUGAUUGUCCGAACGGUGCUUUUUUUUUGCAAGGCAACUGGACUUUCUGGUUUUUCUUGGAAGACGUUUUGCUUCUCCUCCGAGAAGCUUCUUCAGCUCUGGCUGGAUGUGUUGGGGGGAACAUUGGCUGGGGAUCAAUUGAGGUUAUGGAAAAUGCCCAGGAUGAGCUGUUCCCAUGCACCUUCAGUAAGGAGUAGACCAUAGAGUAAAAGCAAGUCAUUGAUUGAAAUGCUACCCAGAGUCUUGUGCUACCAAUAGUAGAGAAUAACAAUAGUUCGGGUUUGUAUUGCGGAGUCCUUGGUGCGCUCUGAGCUUGAUUUUGCAGAUGUCUCAUAACCCAACUAGAUAACUGUUGUGACUCCAGCCCCCGAACUUGGCCCCAUGCCCGAAAGUGACUCCGAGAGUGAGGGGGAAGGGCCGGUAAGGCUUACCUCAGGAGCACCGAUGCCUUUGGCCCAGCUCCAGGAGCCAGAACCAGGCGAGUCGGAGGACGUAAUGAGGCCAUCAUCCCCUGAUUCCUCCCUUCCCCAGGCUACGCCUUCAGACCCAGCUGAUAAUAAUAAUAAUAAUCAAGCUUGGAUUAACCCGUGCUUCAGAAGAUUAGAGAGGUGGUGUCAUCAAAGGGAAGGGUGGGGCAGGAGCCCCACCCCACAGGAUAUAUAAGGAGCUUUGGGACUGCUCUCAUUCCACGGGAAGCAAAAAUUAGCUGAUUCGUUUCAAAGAGAGCUGAAAGUCUUGCUACGUGAGUCAUUUGUUUGAACUUUGGCAGGCAGCUGCGAUUUCUCUGCCAAGACUGAUAAGAGCCGUGAAUCCACUGGCUGAAGGCCAGCUCGUUACUCCGAAGUGGGGAAGGAGACAGAACAAUAACAUCAUCAGUGCUAGAAGGGAAUGGAGUUUCUCCCUGUUUAUAUAUAGUAGAUUGCCCUUCCAGUUUUGGUGGGGUUGUGGUUUCUCCUUGGUAGUUUCUUUACUUGUUUCCUUCUUGUUUGUCUGGUGGUAAUCCCUGCUUAUCUGGAAGUUGGUUGCUGGAGAGAACUGUUUCGAUCUUUUUGUUUCCUUCAUAGCUUUGUUAUUGUCUAUUUUGAACGAUAUGUAAAUAUGGUUCACCUCUAUGUGUCUUGAUGUUAACUAGUCGGGUAAUGAAACAUUUGCAAUCAAACAGCUAAGCUCUGAGAGCAACAGGGACUCCAGAAAUUCCAAAUAGAUUUUCUAGAAAAGGAACUCGUCUAAGCUUUAAAACAACCCUGAACAGACAGUUUUGUCUUCUGGGAAGCCAUCCUUUGCAUAUUUUAUUUCACGGAAAAUUGCUGUUGGUCCAAACAAGAGGUGAGCAAGAAAACAUACGAACACACUUUAUGUACGCUUAUCGGUGCUGGAGUGUACAUUUUAGCCAACAUGCUAAACAUGUUGGAAUCAUUCGAGAUCUUUUUAAUUUCCACUGAUUUGUAAUAAAUGUACAUUGGUGUAUAAGAACACAAGGCAGAAAUAUCCUACAUUUCUCCCACAGGGACAUAAGCGUAGACGGGUGAUUCAGACUCCAUUGUAUUUAUGGGAUUUUAGAAAAAAGGAAAGGAAGUGUCUGUAUGAGAAACAAAAUUCAGAAGGGAAGUAAAAAUUGUGGUGCAGCCAAGUCUGCUCCCUGUGGUUUGUUUCGUGUGUUAGUUUCGAUGGGUGUGAAAAUGUAUGCAUCCACAUCACUCACAUGCAUUCAGUGUGCAUUUUGUCACAGUAGUGACACGUGUACCAGUCGAGCAGCGUCCAUGGAGAUUCUCAGCCAUCCAGGUCACGGUUGUCCCAAAGGAGUUUUUUUCAAAAAGACAACUGGACUUCCUUUGUUUUUCUUGAAGACGUUUCGCUUCUCAUCCAGGAAGCUUCUUUGGUUCUGUAUACCAAUGGUGCCAAUGAAGACUAUUGGAAUAUCAUUCUAGUCGUUAGGAAGGUUGUAUUUACAACCCUGAAUUAAAGGCCUCAAUAUAGGUUAGCUGGAUAUGGUGAACUACAAUUUGUUCUAAAGCAAACAUCACUUGGGUUUUUAGUCAAGUAUGUUGGAUGGUUUGCGUAGUGUCGAAUUUAAUGUGUAGCGUUUGGAGCAAGAUCUCUGUACACAGAGCAUGGGCUGAAGAGCCGAUAAAGGAGAAUAUUGGUAGCUCAGGGUUGAAAGGUGGAGUCCAUGAUUGUUGUGGUCCGCCAGCAGCCUGCAGAGCUGGCAACGGAGUUGGACAGUGAUGAGGCUGAGGAAGAACAUGGGCCAGUCCUGGAGGCUGGGGAUGGCCCGAAUGAGGGCUCUGCGUCAGAGGCAGAGAUGGGCCCAGGGCCAUCUGGGAGUAUGUGCAGACUCCAGAGCCCCCAGAGGCUGACAGUAGUGAGGCAGAGGAACAGGAGGAGCCUGUUCCUAAUGCACACAUGAGAAGAGCUGCCAGAAGGUAAGAGCAGCUCAAGCAAAGAGGAUGACUCGGGAGUAGGGCCAAGAGAUGAUUGGCUCCUCCCAUAAGGCUUAAAAGACCAGCAACAGCGUUUGGGCUUUUUGUCAGAAAACAACGUUGAUAGCCUUGCCCCUUGUCUUGCUGCAUUUAUUUCUUGUCGGCCUCUUCUGCUUUUGAACUUUUGCCAAGAAAAGCCUUUGGCAGUUUGCCUAAUUAAACCAAGGUUGGUGAUAAGACUGAAGACUUGUGUUAUGAAGAAUUUGCUUUGAUUUAGUUUGGAUGACGCUGAGAAUGAGUUAAUUCUCAGCUGUUCUGAUAAAGUCUGUUUGUUUUUGAACUGACUGCGUUUACUACAACCUACUUGGGCCUGGGUUAGAACAGGUUGCUGGCUAUAGAAGGAGGCAAAUCUGGAGCUGCUGUCUGGAUUGGCAGACUCUCUGCAGGAAACCAGUUGGAAAGGGAGGUCUAACAACAGAUGUUGAGCCAACCUCAUGGAAUUAAUGCCUUUGGGUUGCGUUCGGCUGCAAUUCCCACUGUUCUACUCCUACAGCUGGCCAGCCCUUUCUAUUUUUGGUGGUUUUUUUCUCCAGGGAAACCUGGGAAAUGCAACUCCACAAGAGCGGUAUAUUUUCCUGGUACUCGUUUCGUGCCAAUCUAAUAGUGAGUUUCAGCUUCAUAUGUUUGAAACAGGGCUAGAUUCCUUCUCUAGACGCUUCUUGGAGUUAUUAAGAUUAGGAAGCAGAAGUUGGCUUGUAGGGUCCUGUCAAUGUUGGUGAGAAUGUUCCUGAUUGACCCCAAGAUUAAUAUUAGACUAACACUCAAGCAAUAAACAAUACCUCAAUCAAGUGAGUACCAACUCAGGCAAACCGUAAGCAACAGUCAAACAGUAAACAAAACCAAGACCACUCCUACCGACACUGACAGGGCAAGCCAGUAGAAUAUAAAUUGAGAGCAAAUCCCAAUCUGUCCUAACACUGAUGAUGUUACCUAGUUAGGUAAUUAAACGUCUGCAAGAAAACCCCAGCUCAAAUAGCACCAAGGACCCAACAGUGAAGGAUGUAACAGCUGUUGGUAUUGAUAGGCCUGAUCCUUUCUAUGACAUCUGGCCAGUGGUGGGAUUCAACCGGUUUAACAACCGGUUUGGUGAGUGUGCGAUUUACACGCGUGCACAGUGUUGAAGAACCGCCCAUUUUAAUUGCAAAACCUUACCUUCUAUUGCAGCACUGGUGAGUAAAACAGCUACGGCGCGGGUAUCUGCUGUGCCACGCGAAUCAGCUGAGCUGAAAAACAUGGAAAUAUAGGACAGAAUAGGGCACGGGCAGGUGGGUGUGGCCAACUGAUCAUCAGAACUACCGGUUCGUCCGAACCUGUCCGAACCAACUGAAUCCCACCACUGCAUCUGGCUAUUGCCAGCAUCCCAUCGCAAAAGAGAUGGCUAGCAAAAUUCUUCUCCUUUGAUCUUCCAGGAUAUCUUUUGUGGUCCAUCCACAGAAGAGAACCAGCCAAGAAUAUAUAUGCAGAUUGUUUGGCGACGGAAUGAGGGGAGGAAUUUCUGGGUUAAAAACAAGUGAAUGUGGGGGGGGGGGC